UCCCUACUUUAUCUCUAGUUGUAGUAGGUUGAAAUGAUGAGGUUUGUUAUUUUAUGUUGUUAUUCUCUCUUCAUUCAGACCUGCAGGUGAAGGUGACUCCUGGCACAGUGACAGAAGGAUCAUGGGUUAUACUGACAUGUAGCACCACCUGUACUCUGACUGAAAUCCCCAACCCCACCUACAUCUGGUACAAGAAUGGAGAAGAGCUAUUUUCUGACUCCUCUCCCCAGUAUCAAUACUCAGUCAGUAGAGGAGGUUCUGACAGCUACUCCUGUGCCUUAAGAGGCCAUGACAAACUCAGCUCUCCUGAAGUCACAGUGGAUACUUCUUCUCUGAGCUGCUUAAGGGUGACCUACACCAGUAGAGGCAUCUGUUCCUUGAUACCAUCCGUGGACCUGCCUUGCACUACCAUAUAUCCCACAGACCUGCAGGUGAAGGUGACUGCUGACACAGAGGCAGGGAAGAGGACACUGACCUGUAGCACCACCUGUACUCUGACUGGUAACCCCACCUACAUCUGGUACAGGAAUGGACAAUCUCUUGCUUGGCUCACUUCCCAACAACACUCUGUCUGGAGUUCUGAAACAGAAAGUUACUCCUGUGCUGUUAAAGGCCAUGAGGAUCUCCGCUCUCCUGCAGUGUGUUUUCAGGGUCACAACUGCUGGAGUGUGACUUACACCAAGAGGAGAAUCUGUGUCUUGAAGGGCUCCACAGUGGACAUAUCCUGCUCUUACACUCAUCCCACUAGUUAUAUAGAACAAGGUUCAUUCUGGUUUACACAGAAACACCCUGUAGAUGUCAGGUCAUAUCCAGGGUCUGCAGGUCGUGUGGAGUACAAUAGGAACACAGAGAAACACCACACCAUGACAAUAACACACCUGACAGAGAAGGACUCAGCUGAAUACAAAUUUAGAAUAAUAACAACAGAUGAGAGGAGAUUUUCUGGUCUUCCUGGUGUGAUGUUGACUGUCACAGAUAUCCUGUUGGAGAUGGAUCCUACGUCUGUGUCAGAGGGGGAGAGAGUCACACUGAGAUGUAGAACCCAAUGUACAGUCGGUCUCAACCCCACCUACAUCUGGUACAAGAACGGACAAAGUCUGACCAACCCAAUCACCAGUUAUAACAGCCUGAUCCUAGACCCAGUCACCAGUUAUAACAGCCUGAUCCUAGACCCAGUCAGCAGUGAGGAUGCAGGGAACUACUCCUGUGCUGUAGAAGGCUUAGAGAGAAUCCUCUCUCCAGAAGAGACUCUCACUGUCAGAUAUGGCCCAAAGAACACCUCAGUGUCAGUCAGUCCUUCUGGUGAAAUAGUGGAGGGCAGUUCAGUGACUCUGACCUGCAGCAGUGAUGCCAACCCACCUGUGCAGAGUUACACCUGGUACAAGAAGAAUGGAGGUCACUAUCAGUUCUCCUAUGGGAUCACAGGACCACAUCUUGUCUUCAAUCUUAUCAAGUCAUCUGACACUGGAGAGUACUACUGUGAGGCCUGGAAUGGGAUGAAGACAGGGAGGUCUGAGUCAAUCAACAUGGAUGUGAAAUAUGCUCCAAAGAACACCUCAGUGUCAGUCAGUCCCUCUGGUGAAAUAGUGGAGGGCAGUUCAGUGACUCUGACCUGCAGCAGUGAUGCCAACCCACCUGUGGACAAAUACACCUGGUACAAGAAGAACGUAACCUCACCAAAAGCAUCAGGACAGAGUUACAGCAUCACUAACAUCAUCUCUGAGGACAGAGGAGAAUAUUACUGUGAGGCCCAGAAUGGAAGAGGAUCUAUGAACUCUACAGCUCUGAUGAUCAUUGUAGCAGGGAAACAAAUAUCAGUUCUGACUGCAGCUGUAGGAAUCAUUGUUGUUGUUCUGGUUCUCAUCCUCUGUCUCUCUGGACUCAUGUGGUUCAGGAAGAAGAACUCCACAUCCACCUCCAACACAAGAGACACAGCAGAUGAUGGACAGGGAGACUCUAGUCCAGUGUAUGACAAUGUCUCAAACAUGGCCAUGACCUCUACUGCAGCACAGACAGCAGCCACAGUUGACCAGGAUGAUGUUCACUACGCCAGCGUCCACUUCUCUUGCUCCAAAAACCAGGAAGUGCCUCUGUACUCCACCGUCCAGCUGCAUCAACCACAGAAACAGGACCAAGAUGUCCAAUACGCUGCUGUGAAAUUCAACCUCCCCAGUUCUGCCACCCAACCCGCAGCAGCACAAGCAGCUGAGGUGGAUUCCUCUGAGAUCUACAGUACAGUCAACAAACCCUGAACUAAGAAGACUUGAACAUAACAAACCCAGAAACAAGAAGACCUGAACACAACAAACCCAGAACCAAGAAGACCCGAACACAACAAACCCAGAACCAAGAAGACCUGAACACAACAAACCCAGAACCAAGAAGACCUGAACACAACAA